AUGGAGUGUCAGGACUCUGUUGUGUCCUCCCUCACCUGGUUUCUGAUCAUCUUGGGUGUAAUCAUGCUGCUGAACCAGAUUUUCAAGGAAACAAAGUACGGCCGCUACUCCUUUAAGACGGGUUACUUCUGUCCUGCCAGACUGGCCUGGUUCCUCCAGGAGGUCCCGGCCUUCCUGCUGCCGCUGCUCCUGCUGCUGCUGACUGAAGAGGAGCCGGGAAGAACCGGAGACAGCACCAGGGACAAAACUGGGGACAGAACUGGGGACAUGAUCUGGAGGCGGCUGCUGCUAUAUGCCUUCAUGCUGCACUACUUCCACAAGAGUAUCAUCUACGCCUUCCUGACCAGAGGACGACCCGUCCCGCUGCUCAUCGUCCUCCUCGCCGCCAUCUUCUGCUCGCUCAACGGCUUC